GAUAAAAUAAAAGGCAAGGAGCAGAGUUGGAGGAAAGCACUCCGUGAAGUUGGGUGCAUUGCAGGGUUUGUCAUCCGAAAAUCCAAGAAUGAAAAUGAGGAUAUUAAGAACAUUGUUGAACAAGUUACUCAUAUGCUGGAAAUGAAGGAAUUGUUCGUUGCUAAUCAUCCCGUAGGAGUUGAAUCUCGUGUUGAAGAGGUGAUUCAACUAUUAAAAGACCAGCAACAAGAAAAUCCUCUACUACUUGGUAUAUGGGGCAUGGGAGGGUGUGGUAAAACAACCAUUGCCAAAGCGGUUUAUAAUAAAAUUUUCCGUGAGUUUGAAGGUAGGUGUUUCCUCCUAAAUAUAAGAGAAGUUUGGGAACAAGAUAAUGGAAUUCUUCAUUUACAACAACAACUUCUUUCUGCUAUCUACAAGACAACGAAAAUAAAGAUUGAAAACACUGAAUCUGGAAAAUCAAUAUUAGAGAGAAGACUUGGCCAGAAAAGGAUACUUCUUGUACUUGAUGUUGUGGACAAAUUGGAGCAGCUAAAUUCUUUAGCUGCAAGCCGUAAAUGGUUCUGUCCCGGUAGCAUAAUAAUCAUCACAACAAGAGACGAGCAUCUUCUAUGUUGUCUUAGAAUUGACAAGUUAUAUAGUAUGAAAGAGUUAAAUGACAAAGAAUCCAUUGAACUUUUUAGCUGGCAUGCAUUCAAAGAACCAUGUCCAAAAGAAGAGUUUGCUUCACUUGCUAAUGAAGUUGUUUCAUAUUGUGAGAGAUUGCCACUGGCUCUUGAGGUAAUUGGGUCACAUCUGUUUAAUAGGAACGUAUAUGAAUGGAGGAGUGUUUUGAAUAAACUCAAAACCAUUCCAAACAAUGAUGUACAGAAGAAGCUUAAAAUAAGUUUUGAUGGUCUAAGUGAUGAUAGGGAUAGAGAAAUAUUUCUUGAUGUAGCAUUUUUCUUUAUUGGAAUGGACAAAAAUGAUGUGAUUGAUAUAUUAAAUGGCUGCGGGCAUUCAGCUGAAAUUGGAAUAAAUGUUCUUAUGGAACGAUGCCUUAUUACUGUGGACACUAAGGGAAAACUUGGCAUGCAUGGUUUGCUGCGAGACAUGGGAAGAGAAAUUAUUCGCGAGAGUUUGCCAAUGAAACCUGAGGAACGUAGUAGGUUGUGGAAUCCAGAGGAAGUGCUUAAUGUAUUAUCAAAAGACAUGGGAACAAAAGCUAUUGAGGGACUUGCUUUGAACCUGCCAAAGUCACUGAAUCCAACCCACUUAAAGACAGAAGCAUUUAAGGAGAUGAAGAGACUCAGAUUGCUUCAGUUUGCGAAUGUGCAACUUGUUGGAGACUUUAAAUACCUUUCAACAGAUCUUCGAUGGUUGUGCUGGCAUGAAUGUCCUCCAGAAUAUACAACUGCAAACUUUGAUCAAGGAAAUUUAGUUGCCAUUGACUUCAAAUAUAGCAAACUCGACCUAGUAUGGAAGAAGGGUCAGAUGAUGGAGAAUCUAAAAUUUCUCAAGCUUAGUCAUUCUCAACACUUGACACAAACUCCUGACUUUUCAAAUAUGCCCAAUCUUGAAAAGUUAAUACUCAAAUAUUGCCCAAAGUUGACUUCAGUUUCUCAUACCAUUGAACAUCUCAAACAAGUUCUUCUAAUCAAUUUGAAAGGGUGUUCAGAGCUUCGUGUACUUCCAAGAAGCAUCUACAAGUUGAAAUCUCUCAAAACUCUCAUUCUAUCAGGAUGUUCUUUGAUUGAUAAGUUAGAGGAGGACAUAGAACAGAUGGAAUCAUUGGCAACUUUGAUGGCAGAUAAAACUGCCAUAACACAAGUGCCUCAUGCACUACUAAGACUAAAGAGCAUUGUGUAUAUAUCUUUGUGCGACUUUGAAGGAUUAUCGCGCAAUGUGUUUCCUUCAAUCAUUUGGUCAUGGACCUCUCCAACAAAUAAUUUCUCACCCCAAGUGCAAACACUUUUGGACUUGUCAAAUCUUGUUUCCUUAAUAGUCCCAAAUAGAAAUUCUCAAGGCCUAUCAUCCAUUAUCAGAGACCUUCCACAGGUUCAGAAUGUUAGGAUGGAGUGUGGCUCACAACUUCAAAUAACAGGAGAUGUAGCUUCAGAUACUUGUAAUGUCACAAACUGCAAUGAAAUGAUAGUAUCAUCAUGUGCAUCAUCAGUUGGUUGUUGCAGUGAAGGUGAUGUUACUGAAUCAGAAAAUUCCUUGAAUUCAAUUUUAAUCCAAAUGGGAAUGAAUUGUUCUGUCACAAAGGCACUCAGAGAGAAUAUUUUGCAGAAAUUUAAUGCCAGAGUACCUGGAGAAUGUUUGCUUCCUGGCAAUAAGAAUCCUGAUUGGUUAACAUUCAGCGGAGAAGGUUCUUCUGUAAAUUUCGAUGUCCCUCGUGUGAAUGGAUUCAAGUUAAAAACAAUGAUGAUGUGUGUCUCCUACUCUUCAUCUCCAAACAUCAAAGCAUCUGAAGGCCAUAUUAUUAAAAAUCUGUUUAUCAUAAAUCUCACAAAGACCACUCAUUAUCUCUACGAUGGAGAUACGUUGGCUUCACUUAGAGAAGAGGAAUGGCAUAAAGUGAUUUCAAACCUUGAAGCUGGAGACAAAGUACAGAUUGUUGUUGCUAGGUUAGGAAUCAUAGUGAAGAAGAUAGUAGUUUAUCUCAUAUAUGGUGAACCAAUUGAUAUUGUUUGUGGUGAUGAUAUGGUAGCAGAUGGAAAUGUCACUGUUCAUGGUGGAGAUGAAAAAGUAAGUGCUAAUUCUCUAGAAAAAUUCGAAGUCACUUGGAAAACGAAAACUCCAGAGAGUGUGAUCACCAAAGAGUAUUGUGUGACUUGUCAAUUUGAGUUGAAAUUGUGGGUAAGUGUAGUAGGCUAAGAAAAGGAUGUAAGUAUUGGCUCCAGAGAGGAUGCAACAAGAGGUGCACAUGACUUUUAGGAUGCUAUUAAGUAGUAGAAUACAUUUUAAUGAUAGAAUCAAAAGAUCUUAUUCAAGUCAUGUCUGAUUAAUAAUCUAAACUUUUUCACCCAAGAAGAUUGAGUUCUACAUACUAAUGAGUAUAAAGGAGAUUGUUUAUAUCUAUGUAUAGCAUUUUACUAUUCAUGUUUAGAUUAUGAUCCGAGGCUCUAUAAAUAAGGUAUAUAGUUCAAAAACCCUUGCAAAAAAGAAAAAAAAA